CCCCUCGGUUCGAAUAACAUCAGAGCAGCUCCGAGUCCUUGAAAGUCUGGGGGUUGAUUAGCCGGAGGAAUUGGCCGCUUCUGCCAAUCACCACCCUGCAAAGCCGCCUCGAUACUCCUGUAGAUACGAGGGAGAGGGAGGCUGACUACAGCAAACAGGAGGCACAGCGGCGGCACCGGCAGUAGUAACGGGAGCAGCUGGUAUUCGGGUGAUUAAAUAGUUCUCGCAGCCUUUUUGCUGUAGCCUGCCUGCUCCCCGGUGUAAUCCCCAUGUCCAAGAAGGAAGCUGCAUUUUUAACGGUGUGCUGAACAGAGGUUUGAAUCAUUCCAGCUGGCUGCUUGUUUUGAAAAGGACAGUCUGUGUAUAAAUGAGAUGUGACUGUGCCGGUAGAGUUCAGUUACUGGGGCUGGAGCAAGAGGAACCUUCCCGGGAUGCCGCUCAGACAGCUGCUUUCAAUUGAAAACUCUCCCUAGUUUACCUGGAGCCAUGUGAAGAGAUUUGAAUAGCAGAUGUCUCUUUCCUGCACACUAGGAAGAGAAAUUCUUCUCUAGAUAAUGUUAAGAGUCCUCUUCAUUGAUUAUUGGCAGCUGCUGCAUUCUGAGAAAACCUCUUUCAAUCUAGCUUUCCGAACCCUUUGACUUCCCGCUCCAACAGCUUUAUAACCUCCCCGACGGCUUCAUAAAUGCACUGCAAUGGUCACAUGAACGUCUUGGGAGGGGAAUCGGCACCUCUGCAUCUCCUCAUUCCGAUGGCACUUUAGGAAAGAACACCAAAAGAGCAGCAAGUCCAACAGAAGUUGGAAGUCCUGCGAAAGAUGAAUCUAAUCGUGAAGCUCCGCAGAAGUUUCAGAACGCUGGUCAUUCUCCUAGCGACCUUCUGCUUGGCAAGUAUUGUCAUUUCUGCCUAUUACCUUUACACCGGCUACAAGCAGGAAAUGGCCCUCGUGGAAAGUACCGGAGAAGCUGAGUGUGAAGACCUCAAGCUUCUGCCAUAUAGGUCCGUGGAGCUGAAAACGGCUAAGCCAAUUGAUCCAUCUAAAACUGAUCCCACUGUCCUUCUGUUUGUGGAAAGCCAGUACUCCCAGCUGGGGCAAGACAUCAUAGUCAUCCUCGAGUCCAGCAGAUUUCAGUAUCACAUGGUCAUUGCACCAGCUAAGGGGGAUAUUCCCCCCCUCACAGACAGUGGAAGAGGAAAAUACACCAUUAUUAUAUAUGAGAAUAUUUUAAAGUAUGUAUCCAUGGACUCAUGGAAUAGAGAGCUUCUGGAAAAAUACUGUGUGGAAUACAGUGUUAGCAUAAUUGGUUUUCAUAAAGCCAAUGAGAACAGCUCCCCAAGUACAAAACUGAAAGGACUGCCAUUACAUCUUUACAAUAACGUAGCCCUCAAAGACUGUGUGGUAAACCCUCAGUCUCCCCUGCUGCACAUUACCAAAGCACCAAGGGUUGAGAAAGGCCCACUGCCUGGCGAAGACUGGACAGUUUUCCAGUUUAACCAUUCCACCUAUCAACCUGUGCUUUUAACCGAACUGCAGACCUCCAGACCGCCCCCCGCGGCGUUGCCAAAGGCCGCUUUGUAUGCCACUGUCAUCCAAGACUUGGGGCUUCAUGACGGGAUUCAGAGAGUCCUUUUUGGAAACAACCUGACCUUCUGGUUGCACAAACUGAUCUUUAUUGAUGCCAUUUCUUUCCUGUCGGCGAAGAAGCUCACGCUGUCCUUGGAUAGGUACAUUCUGGUUGACAUAGAUGACAUCUUUGUUGGGAAGGAGGGAACAAGGAUGAACGUCAACGAUGUGAAGGCUUUACUAGAGACUCAAAAUUUACUGCGCACUCAGGUUGCAAAUUUUACCUUCAACCUUGGAUUUUCAGGAAAAUUUUACCACACAGGGACUGAAGAGGAAGAUGAAGGUGAUGACCUGCUGUUGAGAUCUGUGGAUGAGUUUUGGUGGUUUCCCCAUAUGUGGAGUCAUAUGCAGCCUCACCUCUUCCACAAUGAGUCGUCACUGGUGGAGCAGAUGAUCCUCAACAAAGAAUUUGCAAUAGAGCACGGCAUACCGACUGGCAUGGGGUACGCAGUGGCUCCGCACCACUCCGGAGUCUACCCAGUUCACAUCCAGCUGUACGAGGCCUGGAAGAAGGUCUGGCACAUCCGAGUGACCAGCACAGAAGAAUACCCACACCUGAAGCCUGCACGGUACAGACGGGGCUUCAUCCACAAUGGCAUCAUGGUGCUCCCUCGACAGACCUGUGGCCUUUUCACUCAUACUAUUUUUUACAAGGAAUAUCCUGGGGGCCCUCAGGAGCUGGACAAAAGUAUCCGAGGAGGUGAACUCUUCCUCACCAUUCUCCUGAAUCCCAUCAGCAUCUUCAUGACCCAUUUGUCUAAUUACGGGAACGACCGCCUGGGCUUAUACACCUUUGCGAACCUGGCCAACUUUGUUAAGAGCUCGACUAACCUGAAACUGCAGACGCUGCCCCCCGUUCAGCUGGCUCAGAAGUACUUUGAGCUCUUCCCGGAGCAGACGGACCCUCUUUGGCAGAAUCCGUGUGAUGAUAAACGACACCGGGAUAUUUGGUCCAGAGACAAAACUUGUGACCACCUACCCAAAUUUCUUGUGAUAGGACCCCAGAAAACAGGAACAACAGCUCUUUAUUUAUUUCUUCUGAUGCAUCCUUCCAUUAUCAGCAAUCUCCCUAGUCCAAAAACUUUUGAAGAAGUUCAGUUCUUCAACGGAAACAACUAUCACAAGGGAAUUGACUGGUACAUGGAUUUCUUCCCCACUCCUCCUAAUGUCACCACCGACCUCCUCUUUGAGAAAAGUGCCAACUAUUUCCAUUCUGAGGAAGCCCCUAAACGAGCUGCUUCCCUCAUCCCCAAGGCCAAGAUCAUCACCAUCCUCAUCGACCCAUCUGACCGGGCCUAUUCCUGGUACCAGCAUCAGCGAUCCCAUGAGGACCCCGCUGCCCUGAAAUUCAAUUUUUAUGAAGUCAUUACAUCCAGCCAUUGGGCACCCUCGGAGAUAAGGACUCUCCAGAAGAGAUGCCUGACACCCGGAUGGUAUGCUGUCCAUAUUGAAAGAUGGUUAACUCAUUACCCUGCUUCACAGUUGCUUAUUAUUGAUGGACAGCAGCUAAGAAGUGACCCAGCUACCGUGAUGGAUGAAGUGCAGAAGUUUCUUGGAGUCUCUCCUCACUAUAAUUACUCUGAAGCUCUAACGUUUGACCCUCAGAAAGGCUUUUGGUGCCAGUUAUUGGAAGGAGGGAAAACAAAGUGCCUGGGAAAAAGCAAAGGUCGAAAAUACCCACCAAUGGACCAAGAGUCUCGAGCGUUUCUGUCAAGCUACUACAGAGACCACAACGUGGAGUUGUCCAAGCUGCUGCACAGGCUGGGGCAGCCCCUGCCCUCCUGGCUGAGACAGGAGCUGCAGAAGGUCAGGUAGCAUGCAAGGGUGGAGGACCCAAAUAAGGACGAUUUCCUUCACCGUCAGACCCCUUGCUUCUCCGACUCACUUGUGAUCAUCAGUAGAGGACCUCAUAAAUAACACUCUUUCUAUCAA